UGUGACGCCUCACAGGAAACUGUGGUAUCAAACACUCACACUGUGAGAAGAACAAAACUGUUAUCAGCUAGUAAAAGUAAAAUGGCAGUGUCAGUCAGUCAGUUAAAUCCUGUCCAGACUCUGUUAGGACUCUGAGGAUUAUUUUUGAUUCAGAGCUCUGUGUGCGUAUGGAGCAGGUGAAAUUAUUAGUACAUUAUUUGUCCUGCUGAAUGUGUGUUAAAGGCUGUGGGUUAAACUUACGUCUAGAACAAGGAGAGAUCCUCUUGUCCAAUCAGAGGGCUUCACGGCUCGCUGUCCGCCUCCUGAGCUGUGUUCAAGGACUCCUGGUUCCAGUAGGACAGAGAGACGAGGACUGAGAAGAGGAGGAAGAGGAGGGAUGAAGGUGAGUUGUUUGGUCCUCUUCACGGUGACUCAGCAGGUCUGCAGCUUUAUAAAGAGGCAGAGAUGCUCAGUCUGUCACCACGGAGACAAUGGCCUGGCUGCUCCACAUCACCUGCCUCCUGGUCUGCUGCCCGAGGCUGCUGCAGGGCAAAGCUUCAGAGUAUCAGCUGGAGUCAGAGACCCUGAGCCGAUGUGAGUUGCUAAGGGGCGUGGCUGUUGCCAGGCAACAAGGUGGCAUCCCUCACUGUACAGAGGAUGGCAGGUUCAGACCUGUGCAGUGCAGUGGGCGGGGUCAGGAGUGUUGGUGUGUCGACGGUGAAGGUCAGGAGGUCGUCGGGACUCGGACCAACAGCUCUGCUCCUCACUGUCCGUCUCCCUGCCAGCUGCAGUCGGUCCUGCGUUGUUCUCCUUCAGGCCUCUUUGAGUCAGUUCAGUGUGACUCUAGCAGGGGGCAGUGUUGGUGUGUGGAUCAGGACGGCAUGGAGCUCUACGGGACCCGACAGGCCGGGAGACCUCAUCGCUGUCCUGGCAGCUGCGAGGUGAGGGAGAGGCGGCUCCUCCACGGCUCCGGCUCUCCGUCUCCUCCUCAGUGUGCAGCAGACGGCAGCUUCCUCCCUGUUCAGUGUAAAUUCAUCAACGUGACCGACAGAGCAGAGCUGGACCUGCUGCACGCUUUCAACAGGUUCCCAGAAGCCUUUGAGACAUUCAGCAGCUUCAGGAAGUUUUUCCCGAUGGUUUCCUCGUACUGUUUCUGCUCAGACAGCCGAGGCCGAGAGCUGGAGAACACAGGUGUGGAGCUCCUCCUGUCCGAGGUGUACGACUCUGCGUUCUCCGGUCUUCGGUCCGGUCGCUCCUUCUCUCAGACCAACAUCUACAGAGUCCUGCAGAGGAGGAUGCUGGGAGUCCGCCUCGCCCUCACCGGACACUUCAGAUGUCCGUCUCCCUGUGAGGAGGAGCAGCGGGCGGCGACGGAGGCAUCCAGUGUUUUUGUCCCGUCCUGUGAGAGCGGAGGAGCCUUCACCUCCAGACAGUGUCAGCGGGGGGGGCAGUGCUGGUGUGUCGACCCCACGGGAAGAGAGCUUCCUGGGACACGACAGCACGGAGACUCCCUGGUCUGCAGUUCAGGUCUGGACUGUCCCUCUCAGCGUCGUCUGGCUCUGUCCCAGCUCUUCUCUGGUCCUGUUGACCCUCCUCUCCUCAGAUCCUCCUCUGGCAGAUCUCCGGCCUCCUGUCUCUCCCUCCUCCGGCCUCUCAGGGACGUCCUGCCGGCGGAGGCAGAUCCGACCUCCUUCCUGUCUCGCCUGGUCGAAGUCCUCCACGGUCUGUUCCCCUCGGUGGGCGGGGCUCUGCAGGCUCUGUCUCGCUCCUCCCCCCGUCGCCUCCAGGAGAACCUGUUCGGAGGGAAGUUCCUGAAGAACGCCGCCGCCUUUAACCUGAGCGGGGCGGUGGGAGCUCGAGGAGCUCUGGGUCUGGAGCGACUCUCCUCUCAGACGAUCAUCCUCCAGAAGAACCGGGACCUGGUCCAGUCCGUCAGCAGGGCCCUGGAGGACCCGGGCUUCCUGUCCGCCCUCCAACACACACUGACGGGGCUCAGCAGCUCACACUCCACCUCAGUGGAUCAGGUCCUGACUCCGCUGCUUCGCUCCUGCUCUGCUGAGGAGGACGAGGACGAGGCGGCCAUCUUUGUCCCCAGCUGCACGUCCAGCGGUGCUUUCCAGGAGGUCCAGUGUCAGGGGGCAGAGUGCUGGUGUGUGGAUCCUCAGGGUCUGGAGGUGGCGGGGUCGCGGACCUCCGGUCGUCGGCCUCGCUGUCCGUCCCGCUGCGAGAGGGAGCGAGCGACGGCGCUGAGGGUGAAGGGAAACAUGGCGGCCGGAGCUGAGAUCCACGUCCCCGUGUGCUCGGAGGACGGAGACUUCCUGCCGCUGCAGUGCGUCGGCUCACGCUGCUUCUGUGUCGACGCGGAGGGAAAAACAAUGACCACCGUACCAACAGGGGGCGCCAUCACCUGUCCAGAGAGACGAACACAGAAGCUCCAGGCCUCCACAGGUGGCUGCUCUCAGGUGUUGUCUGAGGUCACAGCGUUCAGAGAGCAGGUGAGGAGCGUCGUCGCUCUCUCGAACUCCUCUCACCUUCCUCUGGGAUACGGGUUCCUCCUGGCUGAAGGUCUGCGUCUGACCCCAGAGGAGCUUCAGAUCAGCCAAUCAGACGAGGAGAUGCUGCUUUCUGAUUGGCUGCUGAGCCGAUCCAACACUGCUCUGCGAUUGGCUGCAUUCUCCACCGUCCAGAUGUUCCUGCCUCCUCGGCGUCGGUCGUAUCAGCCGUUCACUCCACAGUGUGACGCUGAUGGAAACUGGCUGCACACACAGUGUUACCACAGCACAGGUCAGUGUUGGUGUGUUGAUGAAGAUGGACAGUACGUCUCUGACUCUCUGACCAGCCGCUCACUCAGCCCGCCCCAGUGUCUGACUCGCUGUCAGAGAGCUCAGGCUCACACUCUGCUCUCUGGUUGGACGAAAGGCUCUGACAUCACCACCUCACCUUACCACCCAACCUGUGAGGAGGACGGUCGUUUCUCUGUGCUGCAGACAGGAGGCGCUGCAGGCUGGUGUGUCAACCCUCAGACUGGAGAGACCAUCCAGACGGCAACACGGAGCGCCGCAGGACAGCUGACAUGUAACCACACA